AUGACCGAGAUUUCGGAAAAGGCAGCCGCUGCAACAAGCAGCAGCAAUCCUUCGCGGCCAUCGUCGUCAAGCCACAGCGGGAGUGGUUCAACCGACAAAGAUGCAGUUCGCCCACACAUGAAGUCUUCGAGCGACCCCGACAACGAAAAUUUGGACUUGACAAAGGCCGAUUCAGCAGUCAUUGUGCCUCCCAAGGCAGAGAAUAUCGAGGAUCACUAUCGACACUUGCCACCUGACGAAGCCGAGGUGUUGCGACGCCAAGUCGUCAGCCCCGAAGUCAAGCAGGGCGUGGCUGUACUAUACAGAUAUGCCUCCCGCAACGACAUAUUGAUUAUCCUGAUCUCAUCUAUAUGUUCCAUUGCUGGCGGCGCGGCGCUUCUAAUGAACAGACGAGUAGACAAUUGCGUGUUUAGUGCUCAAUCAUCGGGUGCCAUACUUAGUGUUUCACAGCAUAUCACAGGUAACUUAAGAAUAACGCAAAUCAAAAAAUUUCAUUCUGUAGAAAGCAUGUUCCUCGUGAACGCCUUGAUUAUCCCCUUACCAUAA